ACUCACUUUUUCUUCUCUGCAGAAUUUGCAUGCAUUAGUAAUGCAUCGUAAUCUAAUUGAAAACGGGCUUGGUUAUUUAUUACUAAGAGGACAAGAGCAAAAAGAACUGUUUAUUCUGUCCGUUUUUAAACCGUUUGACAUUUCUUAAAUCUGGCAAAACGGAUACAGUGAGGUGUAAAAAUUGAUUAGGUACAACUUGGAGAACUAAGAUUACAACGCACGUUUAUUUCAACAGAGUAAAAUUCUUUUCCAUAGUUCCCGUUUAGCGUCAUUCGUUUACGAACUGCACAGCCGAAAAUGCUCAGCUCGUGAAUGUUAAUUAAGUCACGCAGACGCUACUUGGUAACUUUCCACCGGCGUCCACCGACGUAAGCUAGUUAACAUGCAUAGGCCAAGCCUCGCCAUAGUACGAUUCCGCGCACCGGACGGUGCUCUGGAGCCACGCCCCGUCCCCCGCCGCAUGGACGUUUCAAUCCAGCAUCUCUGAGCACUGACCACAGGAAGGAUUUGACCUCGCUGCACGGGAGGACGACACGCGCAUCUGCUUGCAACGUAGACUUAUUAAUCUUGACCAUGGCAAACCGAGGACCCAGUUAUGGACUGAGCCGUGAGGUGCAGGAAAAGAUCGAGCAGAAGUAUGACCCAGAGCUGGAGUCUCGACUGGUGGACUGGAUUGUCGCUCAGUGCGGAGGAAAUAUAGAGAAACCACAGCCGGGGAAGCAAAACUUUCAAAACUGGCUAAUGGAUGGCACCAUCCUCUGUAGACUCAUUAACAGUUUGUAUCCGCGUGGUAAGGAGCCUAUUAAGAAGAUCCCGGAGACUCAGAUGGCCUUUAAGCAGAUGGAAAAGAUCUCCCAGUUCCUGCAGGCAGCUGAAGCUUACGGAGUAAUAACCACAGACAUUUUUCAGACAGUGGACUUGUGGGAAGGAAAAGACAUGGCAGCCGUCCAGAGAACACUAAUGGCCCUGGGUAGCGUAGCUCUCACAAAAGACGAUGGACUUUACCGAGGUAACCGGGACUGGUUUCACAGGAAAUCUCAAGGCAACCGGCGGGAGUUUUCUGAGGAGCAGUUGCGGCAGGGUCAGAAUCUGAUUGGCUUACAGAUGGGCAGUAACCGUGGGGCAUCUCAGGCUGGCAUGACUGGUUACGGCAUGCAUCGGCAGAUUAUGUAAAACUAUACUAGUGCCCAGCAACACCCAGACGACCUUAAACCCUCUCACCCCAGCCUUCAGCAAACAGUGUUCUUUGAUGGUGCAUCUAUUUGAUGAAGAGGAGCAGUCUUAGUAACGUCAGAAACUGAAGCAUAGAGGUUUUUAGAUAUUAGAGCAUGCUAGGCAUAUCUAUUUUAAAUUUAGUUUGCUCAGCUUGUGAUAAAAAUCUAUUUAUUUAUUUGUAAAUGUAUGCAAAGUGAUUAGUUUUAUCUAAGCAAGUCAAAACUGUGAGCAAAAAGUUUUGCCGAUUUACCAAAUAACAUACAGUAACAGUAUACUUGUUUACACAGUGUUUGAAUGUACAUUAAAGGACAAGCGUUUGCCCUUGCUAAACUGUAUUCCACCUGUUGUUAUUGUGAUCACUUUUGCUGUUUUAAUAGUAAAAGAUGUCAAUGCACAUACUAACCAGAAGUACUGUAUGCAGAUUAAUGAUAGUCAUAAAUGUAGAAAUAUAUUCAUUUAUGUUGUCCGUUGUUGUUGUUGUUGUGUGUAAACAUUCCAUGUCAGUUUCAUAAGCUUGGUUUUGGUGACCAUGUUCAAUGUAAAUGUUUAAUAAAUUGGUACCUUGA